UUUUUCUUUUUUUUAUUUAAUUUAUUCAAACUCAAUCACAUACAUUUCAACUAGGCUUUUCCAGAUCAUCUCAGCUAGAGGACAGACAUUGACACUUCUCAACUAGUUGCCUUUGGAAGGUCUCUUGGUGGAGCAGUUGGUGUUGUAGUUAACAAAAAUAACCCUGACAAGUUCUCAUGAAACGUCAGUCAAACCUGUGGGAUAAUUGAUGAAGAAAGGAAGGGAGAGAUAUAUGUUGAGCUACAACUUUCAUGCUACUGGGAGAGAAGAUAUAGAUGUAGAGGGAACCUUUCCUGAUGGAACAAAGUUAAUUACUGUAGAUGAUCCAGUAUCUUGUGAAAAUGGAAAUCUUGAAAUAGCUUUACAUGGAUCUUUUCUUCCAGAAAGUUGUAAGAUUCCUGGAGAACUAAACUUCAGACAUAGAUAUAUAAUGCUUAAUUCUGGAAAGGAAGCAGUAGUCCUUAAAGUAACUAACAAUGGAUAUAUAGACCAAUACAGGUUGGAAGCCAUUACCAUUUUAUCGAGGUCAAUCCAAGUUUAAUUUUUGAUCAAAGAAAAACAUAUGGCAUGAGACUAAAUAUACCCACAGGAACAACUACUAGAUUUGAGCCAGGGGAUGCAAAAUCUGUCACUCUUGUAAAAAUUGGUGGCAUGCAAGUAAUGGAAUCAGUACAUGCAAUUGCAAACAACCCUGUCACUGAUUCCAAUGUCAAAACAGUAAUGGAAUCAGUACGUGCAAGAGGAUUCGGCAAUUCCAAAGCUAGUACCAAGUUAAGUUAUCAAAACCUGUUUCUUUUGGUAUUUCUGUAUAAACAAUAAUUGUGUGUGUUAUUUAAUUUGCAGUAAUGGUAUCAUUAUAGAAGGAUCUCCACUAGCAUAUAAAAUUUUGGUUUUGAAUGUUUUUUGAAUGAUACUUUGGGGAACUUUGAUAGUUUUGGUAUUGUAAUGUUUGGUUGUGUCAUUAUUGAUGUUUUUUUGUAUAAUAAUUUGAUGAUUGUAGUAUUUUUUUUUUGUUUAGAAUCAUAAUAAAAAAUGAUAUUACAU